AUGAAGCGUAUAACUAUAAACCGAGAGCUAAUGUGUGGCGUCUUUAGUCCAAGCAAGAACAUCCCGCGUGCAAUCAUGGCGCAGACUGUCACAGGCUUUAUUACUGCCGUUCCAUACAUGAUUGCUCUUUUCUACUCCAUCAAUGAUCUAGAAGCCGUACUUGGAACUUUCACAACAUUCCCCUUGGCAACAAUUUACCACCAGGCCACCGGAACCAGGGCGGGAGCUUUUGGACUACUCAUUAUUGCGUUUCUACCUACCUUUAUCACCUGCAUAGGCUGCUAUAUCACAGCCGGCCGUGUCCUCUGGACCCUUGCCCGUGACAACGCUACUCCUUUCUCCAACUUCAUCGCCCGGGUACAUCCUACCUACCACAACCCGUUCAAUGCAACUGCUGUCUGCGUCGCCGUUGUCACUGCACUUGGAUGCAUCUAUGUCGGCUCAACUACCGCUUUCAAUGCUUUCGUCGGAUGUUAUGUGCAGUUGUCCACCCUCUCGUACCUCGCGGCAAUCCUACCUCACCUCCUCCGAGGCCGCAAAGGCAUCAUCCCAGGCCCCUUCUUUAUGAGAGGAUGGGUUGGUUAUGUGGUAAAUACCAUUAGCUGCCUGUAUAUUGUCACCUUUGUUGUUAUCUUCUGCUUCCCAUUCAGCAUGCCCACGUCGGCUGCUACAAUGAACUACGCAUCCCUAAUGACCGGUGGAGUGACCAUUUUCGUCGUCAUUUGGUACCUCAUCCGCCAGAAGAGUUAUGCCGGGCCACAUGUCAUGUCAAUCCACGACGUGAAGCUCGAUCAAAUGUAG